GUUCUAUUUGGUAUCACAAAAGCGCAGUAGCAUUGUCUGUAUUGCAUGAAGAUAUCGAUUGGCUACAGAUAUCAAUUUCACCUUGUCGUUUAUAUAUCUCAGUUAGUAUUGUUUCUUUCAAACUUCGCUGCAUUUGUUGAAGUUUAUAUUUACUCUUGAGACUGCACCUUUCGUCGAAUUCUAUCGGGAGAAAUGUUUUUAUGACAAAAUAUUAAAAUUCCGGCUGGUACAUCAUGGUAGUUUGAACAUCUCGCUAAAUGUCCUCUUGUGAUCAGUUAUUAUAUUAGUGCUCUAGUGAUACUUUCAUUAUGCCCUUGGGUAAAUUAUUUCAGAAAAGAGGAAGCCGAAAGGAUAAGAAGGAAGUAUCCACUAAAACCGAGAAUACUGCAUACGAAAACCUGUCGUCUGGUGCUAAAGUGGAAACUGUAGAAGAGCAAUUAUCACCUGUUCAAAACGGGAAAGUAGAAGAUACUCAUUUACCUACUACCGAAUGUGGGAAAGAAGAUGUGCAACCAUUGCCUGUCGAAAGAUUAAGUGCAGAAGAGGCGCAACUAUCAGCUGUUGAAAACGUCAGUGCGGAAGAUGCUAAAAUUGAAUCUGUAAAUCAACAACUACUAUCGGUUAAGAACCAAUACUCAGAAGUUAUUCAGCCAUCAUAUGUCGAGAAAGUGAAUGAAGAGCUGCAACCCCCAUUUGUUGAAAACAUCAGUGCAAAAUUUGCUAAAACUGACAUUGUAAAUCAUCAGCUACCAAUUGUUAAGAACCGCUAUUCCGAAUAUGUUCAGGUACCAUCUGUCGAGGAGGUCAAUGAAGUGAAACCGCCAUCUAUACAGAAUGUAAUUGCAGAAGAAAUACAAAUAACAGCGAAUGAAAAUACCAAAGAAGAAUGUAAACCGGUGAUUUGUAUUCCUCAUAAUGAUAGUAAUGAAGGCGAUAAACCGCAAACUGAAAACGUUUUAAUCCAUAGACCAGAGGAAAAUUUCGAAAGUUCUAUUGAAACAGAUACUGCGCAGCAGCUGGCAGAGGGGAGUCUAGGUGAAGUUACGAAAAUUUUCCCGGUAAAAGGAAGUUCUGCAACCAUCAAGUCUACUUGCAAUUAUGAUUAUGGAAAGCAGGGUAAAGAUUACUGUUCCUCUGCUAUAACAUCUAAGGACAAUCGUUGCGUAGGAGAAGAAAAUGGCGGGCAAAGGGUAAGGAAGCACAAAUAUCGAUCUGGUUCACAAGCGGAAGAAACAUUAAAGACCAUAGAACGAGAUACAAGUAGAAGAAAAUUUGGCAGUGAAAGCGAAGUUCUGAAAAUCUCUGGAGAUUGCGAGGACAGAAUAAUCCAAAUGAAAGAAAAAGACUUAGAACAACUGAUUAAUCGUUGCGUCAACAAAAUAAUCAGAGGAUCUAUCGCGACAGCAGCUGAUGGUGGUAACCUAAACAGUCUUUACAAAGCAAAUGAAAUGAGUUUUACAGAUAGUAGAGAUUCAGAAAGUUCCGAGUCGUGUGCAUUGUACGUUGUUGAACAGAAGUUGCCUUGUGAGGCUCUAUAUGAGUAUGUGGAAGAAGAUUACAUUUCAAAUUCUGGUAGAAGUAACAUUCCGCGAGACGAAGCAGAUUGUCUAGGAGAAGAUCAUAAGGAUGAAGACAGCACAGACUGUGAAGUUGAAGAUAUUAGAGACAAUGGCCUCGAUGGCUACCAAGCUGACUGCGAAGAAAACUCAAGCAUUUAUUCCUCAGUUUCAGAUUCAAGCUUCAAGAAAGUCGAAACCCAAGAAACUGAUUUGGAAAACACUACUCCCAACGACAGCCAAGAAAUGACCAUCAGCGAAACAAACUGUGAGCAUGAUAGCAAUCUAUCACAGGAUCUCGAUGUUUCAAACAGAAUUCCAACUCAUAUAGAUACUGCUGCUUCACUUCCAGAAGGAAGUAAUUUACAAGAGAAUAAAGGGCGAGAAUCGCCUGAGUUAUCUAAAACUCGAGGUAGUACGAUCACAGAAUCUUCUGACUUCGUUCGAACACGAGGCAGCACGAUCACAGAAUCUUCAGAACUCAUUCUUAUGUCCUUAGACGAAAAUAUAAGUUCUCAAAGUCUUAAUAAUUCCACAGACACUGGUACAUCCGAUAACGUUCAAGACUUCGUAGAUAAUCUCACAGAGCAGAAUUUUUCAGAAGAAGAAAAAAAAGUAAAUUGGAAAGUUGGGUACCUGCAUGUCAAACUACCCCACAAGUCAAGGGGAAAAGGCCAUUUAAAGGUGUGGAAGAAACGUUGUGUGGCCAUCCAACUCGAUGAGUUUGUUAACGAUCCCAAAUAUCCGUCUCUUAUGAUAAGCGUAUACAGUGCAGACAGUGGUAAACAUGGCGCCAUUUUCUGGAAAUCGGUCUCCUGCCAGAAAGCUGUGGUGUACAGAAGUAAUUCCAGAACACAUCCUUACGCCUUCACUGUUUCUGACGACAGCAAAGCAGUUAUUCACUUGGCUGGCGACAGCGAAUCAAUGAGUCAAGAAUGGAUGGCUGCCAUAAGGGCGAUCUUCUGGCCACCAAGUCCAGUUGUUCAACUUGAGAAAAUGUUGUAUGGAAAUGAAUUCGAAGUGUCGAUGAUCGACAACGAGUUUGCAUUCCACGCCGGACUUCUCGGGACUUAUGGCUACCUCACUAUCACCCCCAAGAAACUGAUACUGAUUCAUCCUCAGCAGGGAUAUGUUAUUCAAGAGUGGUACCUUAACACAGUUGACAAGUUCCAGUUGAUGCCUCAAUCCAAAAUAGAAGACGUACAUAAAGUUCUUGCGAUGACCACUUGCAGUGACAGUUCUACCGGAAAAGGUGAAAUUCUGAUGUACUGCAAAGAGAGUCUGGCACUUCUUCAAUCGCUAGCCACUACAAUACACCAUGUCCUUUCGUUCCAUAGCAAGCAAGAAGGUGGAAAAUACCAAAAAGAAUUAGAGGAAAUCGCUGAAUGGUUGUUGCCUGCAACUACUCAAACAACAUGCGAUGAGACAACGAAAGAAGAGUACUACAAAGUACCUCCUAGACAGGUCAAAAGCCUGUUGGACAUACCCAAUUUCAUUUUCGAGAAGCCUCUGACACCUGUUGCGUCAGCUGCAUGUGCACCAGGCACCAGCAUGGACCUCCUAGAGUCGUCACUAGAUGCUUCCAAAACGAACACCACCACUUCUGCCUCUCGUGACUCUGGAAUAUCAUCAGAAAACGUCGCAGACGACUUUCUUAAUUGCAGCGUUACUUCGUUCGUGGUUGGUGGCGGAGCUUUUCCUGGAAAAUCUUCAGACAGCGAGCUAUCGGACUCUUAUACACCACCUCGUUCUCCAGAAUUGAAAAAGAAAAUCAUAAGUGAUGAUGAACUGGCAACAUCAAAUGACCAAACAGCAGUGCAGUAGAGAAAGCUCUCCCAGAGAGCUCCUUUUAACCCCAAAUUAUCGUAAAUAUAUAAGUCAUCAUGAAUCAUAAGCGUUAUAAUUCACAGGCACGGUUUAGUCAGAAUCUGGGAAACAGGAGUUAAGACACCUUCGUGACAAUGAUUUUAGCAUGAUCAUUUAUUAAGUCAUUUUUAAACAGCAAUAACUGCGAAAUCAACUUCAAUGGUGAAUAAAUUUUCCAUUUUUUACAAAAUUAUUUUAUUUUCAGUUUAACACGAAAAUUUAUACGAAGAGCGAAAUUUAAUCAGUGGCUCACUGCUAUGAAAUGGACUUAUGGAAUCAGUGGAUUUAUAUGAAGCCAUUUUUAUCACAUUUUAUCACGGUAUCCAUAUUUUCCGAAAAUUGUAGUGUAAAACGAAAAACAGUAUACUUUUUUUUCCAUAAUUCUGAUGGCAAGAAUACAUGUCUGUGACGUAGAAAAGAAUAGGCAUUUCAUCUUGUAUCAUUCUUCAUCACUGUAUUUGUUGUUUUUAAGAAUAGAACGAACGCUAAAAAAUUGGUACUUAAACGUAUUAACGCAACCACCUCAAUGCAAUCUGGCGAUUUUUUUGAAGAUGAAAAGGUAAAAUUUACCUAUGAGGUAUCGGUCGGCGAUUUUUUUAAAAACGCUCCCAAAUUACUGGUGUUUAUCGUAAGUUAGCAAACAUUAUCAGCAUAUUAAAAAAAACACCUAUUUUAAUGUCUGUAAAUACAAAUUUUAAAUAUAAAAGAAAUAUUAUACGAUACAUGAAAAACAAAACGCUUAUGCUUUUUCUAUAAUUCCUUUGUGCUAUUCUUAUCCCCAUGAACACAGCUAUCCGUUUUCGCUUAAAAAAUAUUAGAGAAUUGCACAAACUCGGCAUGACGCAUCAGCUACCUGUCAAACAAAUCUAAUCAUUGUUGUCUUUGCCAUAUUUAUCCUCAGAAUCGCUAUUCUUGCAGUUUCCUUCACUGCUUGCAAAUUCUACAAACGCAUGUCUUCAAAUUCAAAUUAAGACAAAGACGAUUUAUCUCUUGUUGUUGAAACCCGGAAUACAGCAAAAAGAAAGCAAAGGAAAAUGGAGAUUUUGCUUGACCGAAGGAUUGUUUUAAGCAUGGUAGCCUGAAGACUGGUAUGCGUAUAGUUGCCAAAAUUGAGCACAUUCUGAAAAUUUGGUGACUUCUAGUAAGGUGGUUGCAAUAAUACAUAAGUACGAAAAAUUAAGUAGAAAAAUAAUUGUUUGUAGGCAAGGAAGAUAAAAUGCUAGUAAGAAGUUGUAAACAAGGAAAAAUGUUUGCUUUGCUGUAAAGUUUAAACUCACCUAACCAUUAACCAGUAACAUAUAAUCAUUGCUGAUAGGUUGCAUUAAUGUAGAAUCAGUAUUAUCUCCGAGUUCUAAAUCUGUUUCAAAUCAUGAAUGUAUUUUAUUUUGUUCCGAUUGUUACAUUUUGUAUUGUACGAUAUUGCAGAAUCAUUGUAGAGUUAUGUACUAUUUUAUGUAUUUUAUUUAAAAUAAACAUUUACAAGACAA